AUGCUGUUCCACUACAGCGCGGCGGCGCUGUACAUAAUUACCGUCAAUGUGGGCAUCAUCGGGAAUGGCUGGGUGAUAUCGUCAGUGUUAAGAAGUCGACGCCCCAAGAAUAACAUGGCCAACAAUUCGCCGUCCGACCGAUUGAGAAUGUACAUCGCCUGCCUGGCCGUCGUUGAUCUGACCGUGCUGAUGGCGUUGUUGGUGCGCACACUCUACUUGCUGCUGCCCGAGAUGAGGCUCGAUAUGAUGAGUUGCCGGGCGGUGUUCUUGUUGGAGAUGUCGGUCAAAUUUGCCUCCAUCACGUGCCUAUCUUGCAUUUCCAUCGAGCGCUACGUGACGAUACGCAAGCCGUUUUCGACGAGGAUCCGAAAACGCUUCAUCCAGUUCAUUCCCCUCUUCGGCAUUCUCGCCAUGUCCUCCAUCUUGGCGGCCAUCUUCAUGGAGACGUAUUCUGUCGUGGUCACGCAGGAGGCUACAAACUGCAUUCUGCGAUGGCCAACGACAAGCGGCUGGUCGAGAGCGGCAGCUUUUCUUGUUGGCAUCGCCUUCACCUUGUCGCUAGCAAUAAUUGCCUCCAACUACGGCCAAAUCGUGCGCCACGUCAGGAGGAAGUUCACGAAACGGAGGCAAAGAGUGGUGGCCAACUCGCGCGCCGGCGAGGUGAACGAGCCGAAAUAUAUGCGCGAGAUGACGAACGCCAUCAUACGGGUCGGCGUGUUCCACGUGGUGUGCUACGCGCCGUUCUGCAUCUUCCAGCUGCUGCCCUCGGAGAGCGUCUACUCGCAGCUCGUCGCCUCGCUCCGCCAAUUCGACAAUUUUACGGAUUUCAGCGUGAUGCAAUGCGUCCUUUUUGUCGUCAACUGGCUGACGUAUGCAAACGCGGCCGGGGAUUGGGUCUUUUACGCGGCCCUAAAUCGUGACCUCCGCAAUUUGAUACGGCUCAUGUCGGAGCGGAGGAAGCGGUCAACACUCUCUCAGAAUUGCUCGCCGUCAAAUUUGCAUCGGAGUUUGAGGCAACAGGUCCAAACCUCGCUCCGCUUCUUCCAAUCGAUCAACAGCUACCGCUCCUCAGCCGGUGGCUCGUUCGACGAGUCGGCCGGUCCCCUCGGCGGCCCCCAGAUCGCAACCCCGAAGUGUGUGCUACUC